AUGUUUGUUCUGAAGCGAGAUGGCCGAACUGAGACCGUUCAUUUUGACAAGAUAACUUCAAGGAUACAAAAGUUAUGCUAUGGAUUACACAAGGACUUUGUUGACCCGGCCGCUAUCACCCUGAAAGUUAUAAGUGGAUUGUACAAUGGCGUGACAACUGUGGAGCUGGACAACCUGGCAGCAGAGACUGCAGCAACUAUGACCACAAAGCACCCAGACUAUGCCAUUUUGGCUGCUCGCAUCGCCGUGUCAAACUUACAUAAAGAAAGCAAGAAAGUUUUCAGUGAUGCCAUGGCAGAUUUGUACAACUGGAUUAACCCCAAAACUGGAAAACACUCCCCCAUGAUAUCCAAGGAAACCUUUGACAUCAUUAUGAAAAAUGCAGAUCGACUGAAUUCUGCUAUCAUCUAUGACAGAGACUAUUCCUACAACUAUUUUGGAUUCAAGACUUUAGAGAGGUCCUACCUGCUGAAAAUAAACGGAAAAGUGGCCGAGCGGCCGCAGCAGAUGUUGAUGAGAGUGUCCGUGGGCAUCCAUGAAAACGACAUUGAUGCCGCCAUUGAGACCUACAAUUUGCUAUCAGAGAAGUGGUUUACCCAUGCUUCUCCUACACUGUUUAAUGCAGGCACAAAUAGACCGCAGUUGUCCAGCUGCUUCCUGCUGACCAUGCACUCGGACAGCAUCGACGGAAUCUACGAGACUCUCAAGACGUGUGCUUUGAUCUCCAAGAGCGCUGGGGGCAUCGGUGUCAAUGUUCACUGCAUUCGGGCAUCUGGUAGCUACAUUGCAGGGACAAAUGGAAUCUCUAACGGACUCAUCCCAAUGCUGAGAGUCUAUAACAACACUGCACGCUAUGUUGACCAAGGAGGUAAUAAGAGGCCAGGUGCAUUUGCUAUUUACCUGGAGCCUUGGCAUGCGGAUGUAUUCGACUUCCUUGAUCUAAAGAAAAACACUGGCAAAGAGGAACAACGUGCCAGAGAUCUGUUCUACGCGCUCUGGAUUCCUGACUUAUUUAUGCGCAGAGUCGAAUCGAAUGGGAACUGGACGUUGAUGUGUCCACAUGAGUGUCCAGGGCUCGCAGACGUGUGGGGAGAAGAGUUUGAUCGGCUCUAUGAGAAAUAUGAGGCUGAAGGAAAGGGAAGAAAGACAGUUCCUGCUCAGAAAAUCUGGUACGCCAUUAUUGAAUCUCAGACAGAGACAGGAACCCCGUACAUGUUGUACAAGGACAGCUGCAAUCGCAAGUCAAACCAACAGAAUCUGGGCACGAUCAAGUGCAGUAACUUGUGCACAGAAAUUGUAGAGUACAGCUCUCCUGAAGAGGUGGCAGUGUGUAACCUGGCGUCCAUAGCACUGAACAUGUACGUGAAACCAGACAAGACAUAUGAUUUUGAUCGCCUGCGACACGUGACCAAAGUUGCUGUUUACAAUCUGAACAAGAUCAUCGACAUCAACUACUACCCUGUACCAGAGGCAGAAAGAUCAAACAAACGUCAUCGACCAAUCGGAAUCGGUGCCCAGGGUUUGGCCGAUGCCUUCAUUUUGAUGCGCUUCCCCUUUGACAGCCCAGAGGCCAAGCAGCUGAACAAGGAGAUUUUUGAGACCAUGUACUUUGCAGCACUGGAUGCAAGCUGUGAGCUGGCAGAGAAGUACGGAACCUACGAGACUUACCCCGGGUGCCCCAUCAGCAAGGGAAUCCUGCAGCACGACAUGUGGGGGGUUCCUUCGACAACGGAUCUGGACUGGGCCGGUCUCAGGCAGCGGAUCGCCAAGUUUGGGGUCAGGAACAGUCUGUUGAUGGCUCCCAUGCCUACGGCAUCAACCGCACAGAUUCUGGGAAAUAACGAAUCCAUAGAAGCAUACACCAGCAACAUUUACACGCGCAGGGUUCUGUCCGGGGAGUUUCAGAUCGUCAACCAGCAUCUGUUAAAAGAUCUGACAGAGCAAGGCUUGUGGAAUGAGGAUGUAAAGAAUCAGUUGAUUGCAGCAGGAGGCUCUAUCCAAGGCAUAGCCUCAAUCCCUGAUGAUCUGAAGGCCUUGUACAAAACUGUUUGGGAGAUUAAACAAAAGGUUGUCCUAGAGAUGGCUGCCGAUCGUGGAGCUUUCAUCGACCAGAGCCAGUCGCUAAACAUUCACAUUGCUGAACCAAACUACGGGAAGUUGUCCAGCAUGCAUUUCUAUGCCUGGAAGCUUGGAUUAAAAACUGGAAUGUAUUAUCUCCGAACCAAACCUGCUGCUCAAGCCAUCCAGUUUACCGUGGACAAAACCCGUUUGCUGAACUCAAACAGCAACACUACAACAGCCAGUCCCGAACUGCUCAAACUGGACAAACUGAAGCUGGAUCAGAAACAAGAAGACAAGGAGAAUAUUGCAGGACACGAAGUGAAGGAUAGCCAGAGAAAUAAAAACAUGGCCAUUUUGGCAUGUUCUUUACAGAAUAAGGAAGAGUGUAUGAUGUGUGGCUCAUAA